AUUGACAAUUUAGUACUACUUGAUUACAUGAUGUUGCCUAAAACUAACCUUUUUUGUGCAGAUGAUGACUCUAUCUAUCUUACAAUAUGCGGCUCCUCCUGUACCUUUAUCUGAUAACCUACGCAUUCAAGCUCAGCCACCAAGUAAGGAAGAGGUUUCAGCAAAGAUCAACAGUCUUAUUGUUGUAGCAACAGUAGUUACUGGUGCAACAUUUACUGCUUCAGUCGAUGUACCUGAUGGCGAUUCAGAAAAAGAAACAAAAAAAUGGAGAUAUGCAUUUGUGAUUUGCGACACUAUAGCUAUGAAUAUGGCCUUAAUUGCAGCAAUGACAUUGUGUUGGGCGCAACAAGUUGAUAUUAACACAGCAUCUCUGGCGGCUUGGGCUGCCUCAUGCCUUGUUGGAGGUUCACUCUUCAUGCUUUGCUUCGCAUUCUUAGCUGCAGUACUUACAGAAUUUAACAAAUACCCAACAUUUCAAUCAAUUGUUGUUAUCAUAGAAGCCUUGUCUAUUCCUUUCCUCUCGGUGGUUUUGGUUCCACUGGUUAUGCCAUCCAGGAUCAAGCAUAUGCUCUUACGACUCUUUUACAUGGCUGUAUUUCUUGUAUGCUACAUUGUUGAAAACUUUGGGAAAGGAUUUGCUCUUCUGAGGCAAAAAAAAUAACAGCAACAAUAGAAAGACUUGUUGGAUCAAUAUGAUCAAGUGGCUGUAACAUUAAUUGCAUGCGUCUGUUUGAGUGUUUAUUCGGGUCUACGUACUUGAGAAUUGUAUUCAUUCAAGUUGUAUUGCUCUCAUCAGCACCAUUGAUGUGGAAUGAAAACAACAUUUUAAUA